AUGACACGGGACUAUUUGACCGGAUGUCGCGAGUCAAUUUGGGCUGGCGCUGUUAAUUAUGGAUGGGUGUUGUACUUUGAGCACCAAGGAGAAAACACGACUAUCACACGCGUUCAAGUGGAUAACGUACUUGGUGAUGCGCCAGUGAUUGCCUAA